AUGGGCGUCGAACGUGAGAAGACCGCCAACCUCGCGAGGCAAGUCACGGCAACUUCGCAACUUCGUGACGGCAAUUCUUUGCGAGAGGUUGAGACUAGGGAGGAUGGUACUGAGUAUCCUACGGGGCUCAAACUGGGUCUAAUUACCCUGGCUCUCUGUCUGAGUGUCUUCCUCAUGGCCCUGGACAACUCCAUCAUUGCAACCGCCAUUCCCAAAAUCACCGACACCUUCCGCAGCCUGCCUGAUGUUGGUUGGUACGGCAGUGCUUAUCUCCUUACCACGGCUGCUCUGCAACUUCUUUUUGGCAAGUUCUAUACCUUUUUGAGCAUCAAAUGGGUCUAUUUAACCGCCAUCGGCAUCUUCGAACUCGGCAGUUUGAUCUGCGGCGUUGCGCAAAAUUCCGUCACCCUCAUCAUCGGACGCGCAGUGGCAGGUCUCGGUUCAGCCGGGAUAAUGUCCGGCGCCCUUCUGAUCUUGGCCUACAGCGUCCCUCUCGCCAAGCGACCCAUGUACACCGGCCUUAUUGGGGGUAUGUACGGCAUUGCGUCCGUUGCUGGGCCCCUGCUCGGAGGCGUCUUCACCGACAAGGUAAGCUGGCGGUGGUGCUUCUUCAUCAACCUUCCCAUCGGUGCGAUCACCAUCUUCGCCAUCUUGUUCUUCUUCCCCGACCCCAAGCAAGAAAAGCCCCGCGAGGAAACCCUUCUUGAACGCAUGAAGCGCUUUGAUCCCAUCGGCACCAUCCUGUUCAUGCCUGCCGUCAUCUGCGUCCUGUUGGCUCUGCAGUGGGGCGGCACCAAGUAUCCCUGGAACGACGGUCGCAUCAUCGCCCUCUUCGUCGUCUUCGGCGUGCUCUUUGUAGCGUUUGUCUUUGUCCAGCACCGCCAGCAGGAGAAUGCAACCGUGCCCCCACGCAUCAUCAAGAAUCGCACCGUGUGGACGAGUAGCCUUUUCGGUUUCGGUGUCGGGUCGUCUUUCUUCCUGAUGGUCUACUAUGUUCCCAUCUGGUUCCAGGCGGUUCAAGGUGUUUCGGCCGUCGACUCGGGCAUUCGAAAUCUUCCCGUGCUCAUCAGCGUUGUCGUCUGCUCCAUGGUAGCCGGAGGCGCUGUGACGGCCCUCGGCCAGUACGCACCCUUCAUGAUCGCAGGAACCAUUAUCAUGUCGAUCGGCGCCGGCCUUAUUUCCAUGUUCGCGCCGGAUACUCCCACUGGAAAAUGGAUCGGAUACCAGAUCCUCUUCGGCGCCGGUGUCGGUUUCGGUAUGCAGCAGCCGCUCAUGGCUGUUCAGAACGUUCUAAGCAUAAGGGAUGUCCCCACCGGCACGUCCAUCAUUAUCUUCGUGCAAACCCUCGGCGGUGCGCUCUUCGUCAGUGUUGCGCAGUCCGUCUUCACCAACCAGCUGGUUAAAUCGCUCGCGACCUACGUGCCCCAGCUGGACCCUAACAUCAUCCUCGUGACGGGUGCUACGGCGCUCCAAAAUACAGUGUCGGCGGAAGAUCUGCCAGGCGUUCAGCUGGCGUAUAGCAUAGCGCUGACCCGCGCUUUCUUGGUAGCGGCUGGUCUGGCGGCGUUUACUAUUUUUGGCAGUGCGCUGAUUCCUUGGAAGAGCAUGAAGGGCAAGAAGGUCGAGAUGGCCAUGGCUUAA